AGAUUUUCGGUAUAAUCCCAAUACUCUACCGCGGUCGCUCUACACCAUUUUUGAAAUCAACGUUCGUUGGCAAGUGCGCGUCGUUUUCCGCAUUUCUUAUUCGCAAAUUUAUAGCCUGACUGCUUCGAGUGAAGCCGCGUUCCGAAGUCUUUCCAAGCCACUGAAACCACAACCAGCAUGACAUCCACCGAGCUGAAAAUCGGCCUGACCACCAGUGCCCGUCCCUCCAGCCGAGUGCUAAAGCCUCCAGGCGGCGGACACACCAAUAUCUUCUCGGAGCCCGACGUGGCUGUUCCCGCCCCUCGUGCCAAGUACAACCAACAAAACUCCUCAAACCUCAACGCCUGCAUGGGCUCCACGGAUCCCAAUAAGGUGGUGGAGAAAAUUCGCGAAGAGGUCUCCACCCAGAAGGAGGAGGCCAAGUCCGCCCCACCCAGCCAGCCCAAGGAGCCGGCGAACAAAGCAGCGGCCACGAAUGGAGAGGCUCGCGGUCGAGUUCCACCCGGCGGGUUCUCGUCGGGCGGAUUCUGGUAGGGGGAGUGUGCCCGGAUGCAGAAGCAGCUGACAAGCAUUUGAUGACUCACCAUCACAUCCUCAGACCGACAAGAAUCAUAAACCUAUAAAUAUAACUCGCUUAUAACAUACGUAUACACCUACAUUUAGAGGCGCAUUACCUACCUAUACUAACAUGCUGAUCAGCCGAAGAAGAAAGAAAUCUGAUUAUAUUUUGCAAAGCAGCACUCCAAGUCGUUCUUCCUUUCAUCGUUUCAUUUUCAUGUCCCACAUUUGUUCUAUUGUCUAAGUAAAAGGUAUAACAUGUCUAACGAAAUUGUUGAAAUUAAGUAAAUCGUGAUUCCGCCCCACAAAUAUGGAUGAUAUGGAUUGACUUUAAUAAAAUCUACCACCUACUAAGCCUAAUUUAGCAUUUGUACUUAAAGUGUCCAAGCGAAACUUCUUAUAGUCUGUACAAUUUGUCCAAACGAAUACCAUAAUAACCAUCGAUGUAUUACUCCAAAUAAAACAUUUAAUUAUAAA